CUUAAACAUUUACAUCAUUCUGAUUCACAUUACUGCUUUUUUAAUUUUUACAUUUUGAAGUAUUUAAGAAUACAUUCCUAUAUUUUAAUAAAAGUAUAAAAUUUCCCUUUCAUACAAUCUCAGUCUUUCUAAUCCAAUAACUUCAGGAAGUCAGUUUUUCCAUGGAGGAUGGAAGCAGCAUCACAACCAACUUAUUGAAACAUCAACAGGAACUUCAGCCUCGUUAUCCAGAUAUAAAACUAGGAGAAAUGAUCUGUACUGUUAUCUAUAACAGAUCAUUUCUCCACACACUGAGAACUCUGGUUCCUCUGGUCACUUUACAUUUGGGACGAUUUGGAGAACUUCCUGGUGAGUCCUGGAGAUUUUUAUACAUUAUGUAAAAUAUUAUAUUGCUUUUCUUUGUAACGGUUAAAUACUGAGAUUCUAGUCAAAAUGCUUCUGAAUCAAUUAUGAUUCCAGGUUGAUCUUAAAUUCUCCAGAUUAUCUUUCCUUAGGGAUUAUAAUUCACCACAGAGUUUUGACACAAACCUCCCACAUUUAUGACAAUCAAGAAUAGUUUUUUCUAAUAACUAAUAAUCCCCUGGGAGCUGCAGUGGCUCCAUUGUUGCCUGAAUGUAAUGACUGAGCUGAAGAUAUUUAUAAAAGUCCCUGGAGAAAAUGUCAUAAUUUAUUCUUAAAUCCUCAAAUGUCUUGAAGUUUCCGUUGUUCCUCAGAUCGUGUUUCCUGGUGAUCAGGUCCAGCGCCCCCUACUGUCAGAUCCAGAUUAUCUACCAAUGUUGUCAGAGAUGAAAGAUUUCUGUUCUGACCAAACAUUUUCCUCAAAAUGCCCCAUGCCUUCACAGUAUUAGUAAUUAGAAAAUGAUCUUUGACAGUCAGUGGAGUUCUCUGGUUUAUUGAUCAUAUUUAUAGGAUGACGAGGUUUACAAACACGUUCCUCCAUCUGAAGCCAGGGAUCAGCGUGUUUCUGGGCAGCCCACAGUGACAUCAUUCUUGGAUGUGAAGACAGUUCACAGUUCUCCACCUCAGCAGACCCCAUCCACCCAAAGCUGGUGGAAACUGGUUCUGGUCCAAAGAUGUUGCCACGCCUUCACACCUGAUCUGUCAGAUUGAACAAGAAACGGGUUAAAACGAUUCUUCCUCCAGUCGGACCAGCCCAGUUCCAUCAUCCGGACCUGGAACGUUGCUUUUCCGGGGCUUUCCAUUGUUCCUCAGCGGGUUCUUCAGGGGUUCUCCGUGGUGUUCUGCUCAGCUCCUCUCGCCUCGGCGACUUGGACCUUCAUGCGUCUCUUAGCGGCAGACUCCGCCCACCACGCCACCGCUGCCCGGACCAUGAGCUGUGAACAGGAGUUUGGAGACGGGGCCAUGGGGGUCACGCUCACGCUUCGCCUCCUCAUGCACGGAAAGGAAGUUGGGAGUAUUAUUGGAAAGAAAGGAGAAACUGUGAAGAGAAUACGAGAAGAGAGCAGCGCCAGGAUCAACAUCUCUGAGGGUUCCUGUCCGGAGAGGAUCAUCACCAUCACCGGUCCGACAGACUGCGUGUUCCGAGCUUUCACCAUGAUCACCUUCAAACUGGAGGAGGACCUGGCGGCGCUGGUAGCUAACGGCACGGUGACCAGCAAACCUCCGGUCACGCUGCGGCUCGUCAUCCCGGCCAGCCAGUGCGGCUCGCUCAUCGGCAAAGGAGGGUCAAAGAUCAAGGAGAUCAGAGAGACAACAGGUGCGCAGGUUCAGGUGGCCGGCGACCUGCUCCCCAACUCCACGGAGAGGGAGGUGACGAUAUCCGGAGGGCAGGACUCCAUCAUCCAGUGUGUGAAGCUGAUCUGCACGGUAAUCCUGGAGUCUCCACCGAAAGGAGCAACCAUUCCAUACCGGCCUAGUCCAAGUCCAGGAACGGUGCUGCUGGCAGGAAACCAGGUGUUCGAGGCCUCGGACUUUGGAUCUCACCCGCUGUUCUCCGUGGCUCAGGGCGGACUGGACCUGCAGCAGGCGUACACGGUUCAGAGCCACUACGGUAUUCCACAUUCAGAGUUAGUGAAGCUGCAGCAGCUGUCCAUGCAGCAGCAGGGCCUGGCGUCCAUCAGCCAGGCGGCCACCGUCCUGUCCGGAGCCGUGGAAGCAAAUUCCCAAACCACGUCUCAGGAACUCCUGAUUCCCAACGAUCUGAUUGGAUCAAUCAUCGGUCGCCAGGGAACCAAAAUAAACGAGAUCCGGCAGGUGUCCGGGGCUCAGAUCAAGAUCGGCAGUCAGAUCGACAGCAGCAGCGACCGCCAUGUGACCAUCACCGGCACGCCGAUCGCCAUCAACCUGGCUCAGUAUUUAAUCACCUCAUGUUUAGAGACCGCCAAAUCCACCGCCCAGUCCUCCUCCAUGUCGUCUCCCGUUGACCUGACCAUGAGCUUCACCCAGCCCGCCCCCCCCGCCUCCGCCUCGUCCUCCUCCCCCUCCCCCCUGGCAGCGUUGGGUGCUGCACUGCCCCACGCUCCGAUCCUGGGCGCUCCCUACGCCCUUCCCCUCUCCAGCCUCCUGGGAGUGAAAUCCAUCCCCUACCUGGCACUGUCCACCCCUCCUGCCUCCGCAGCUGCGGCGGCGGCGGCGGCGGCCGCCAUCGGCGCGCCGGUGCUCUCGAGCUCGGUGCAGACGGCGGCCACGGCGGCGGUUCCCGUCCCGGCUCACGCGGCGGCUGCGCUGGCGUCCUACACUGCCAAGAUCUCAUCGUCCGCCAACGGGAUGAAGAAGCCGGAGAGACAGAAGUUUUCUCCGUACUGAUGAAGGAGGACGGCCGUCUCUGCGGUGGCUCCUGAGCUGCUCUUCAAACUGCGAGGGCCUCUGAACUUUCACUUCCUGUUUCCAUCUUUCUCUCUUCCCCUCCUGACUGCUAGCAAAGAUCACUGUGGGAUUAUUGGAACAUGCAUGAUUUAUCCAAAAUAAAACCGAUUCUGUGAAGCCAACAGCGAUCAGUGAAGAUGAAGCGAAACCGUUUGGUGGCGUUGAGUCCGGUUCCGCCGGAGCGUAGCAGAUUUAAAACGGUCGUCAGUUUCAGAGCUAAACCAGCUGAACCUGCUGAUCAUCUUCACUGACGACAAGAAGGAUCCUUUAAAUCUGACAAUCACCAAGUAGCUGCAGCGGUUACGUCUCAGGGUCAACGGUCCGUCCCCCGCCGCUCCGGGGUUCAUCCUGUAAAUACACAACACCACCCUGAUGCACACCGUCACUGGGAAGAAACCGUUCAACGCCCGACCAUUAUGAGGAAGAACCGGGUCAAGGUUCUGCUGUCCACCUUUAGCAAAGUCCAGUGUGAAACGAGGCGCUGACCAUUAUUCAGUGUGUUGAUGCUGUUGCUUCAUCCAUGUCAAUCAGAGACGGUCGCGUUUCUUCAGAGGUCCGAGUGUCUGGGUAACCGGCCCGGCACGGUCGCUCCGAAGUCCAACCGUUUCUGGGCGUUUCACGGUCACCCUUUACCGUCCACAGACCCACCGAGCCGAGCUCCUGUGAAACCUCCCGCUGCGGCAGAUCACAGCCGUAAACAGAGUUCUCAAGUUCAGAGGAGGAAAUAAUGAUUAACAAGAAGCAAAACCUCGUUUUAUUUUCCUUGUUAUCCGGGAGAAAAUGAACAGAAACCAUCAGAGGGACGUUUUCCCGCCACAUCGGACCAGAACCGAGCAGCAGGAGUUCAGGGCUCUGGACUAACGGCUCCUCAAACUGUCCGUCCUGCUGGCUGAAGUUCAACAGAGCGGAGACUUUUCCAGGGGUUUUUGUUACUGCGACGUUGAGAAUCGAUUUCGUCAGUUCGGCUCGACUGUGCAGAGCCUUAAACUCCUUCAUAAUCAUAAAACUGAUCGUCACAAGAUUCAAACUUCACCAAAAGCAUAAAGGGUUAAUCACAGUAGCUUAUUGUCACCACCAGGUGGCAGAAGAGUACAAACUUCCUCCAAACUGCAGGAAUAAACGUAGCAAAGAAAGUUUCUGCCUUAAAACAGUUUGUUGGUGCUUGAAGUGAAUCUGCAGCGCUUUCUGCCCGUUUGGACUUUUCCACUUACAGACGCUUCAUUUAACCAGCAAAAUGUUUAGUUGGUCCAAUCAGAAAUGAGAUGAAUUAUGUUUAGGAAGCCAGCAGCCAUGUUGGAGUUGGAGGUUGAGAAGCUUCAUGUUCUGGCUUCAGGCGGCGGCUUCUGAGCAAAUCAACCGAUUUGAGUUCAGGUUUUGUACGGAAGGCAAAUCCUGUCCAUGUUUUUAUCGUCCGGCUCCGCCCACUCUCGUUUGGCAGCCAUAUUGAAAUCUGAAACUGGAGGAAGUCGUUUAAGGGGGCUACAUAAAGUCAAUAUAAAUUAUCAUCUUUUUAAUCAGCAGCUGUGGAUGCAAAAUGGUGGCUGAUCUGGGACUCCAACUACCUGCUCCUUUAUUUCCUGUUUUCUACUGACAGCCGUCACAUAUUCAGCAUCCAUGUCAGAAUCUGCAUGUUUCAUUUUCCAACAAUCCCACAAAGCAGAGCUUCUCUCUGGUUUCUCCUCCUGGUUGGUUUCAGCAGCUCAGAGUCCGGAGGCGGCGCCUGCAGCCUGUAAAAGCCAUAAAGACUUUCCAGCUCUCCUUCUGUCUGUCCUGCUCUUUGACACGCUGUAUACUCCUAUAUUUAUUAUUAACCGUUAUGAAAUAUUCCCUCACAGUUUAUGUCACUGAUCACUAACACUGAGCUGACUUUGUAUACGACGUAAAUGUACUUCCUGCUUUGUGUCUCGUUGGGUUUUCUUGUAAAGAUUUUUUUAAGUCCUUUUUCUUUUGAUUAAUUCAAGUUGAUUUAAAUUAUUUUUUUAACUUAUUAAGUAUUACAGCUGUGGGUUUAUAUGAAAUUAUGUUUCCAAUAUGACUGUAAAACUGUAUUAUGUUUUUUAAGUGUGUGAAAUAAUUAACUUUUUCACUGUAACAUUGAUAAUUGUCUAAGUUUGUGUUUCCACUCCUUUAAUCCAACUGGAUAUCAGAACCGAACCCGAAGACGUUCUGAAACCUCUGGACAGAACUAGAACAAGUAGAACUACGGCAACACAGCGACCCAAAAUACCAAACAGCAAAUAGAUUCACUAGCAGUUAGGAGGAUUAUUAUGGAUAAAUAAAACACACAAUAAAUGGAAUAACGAGAUUUAUGGAGUUUAUCUUCACAGAAGCAAAUAAAAAAGUGAUUCAUGAUUUUAACCAGAAGACUGAAAAUAAAACUUCCUGCUGAGGCAGCAGGACAGAGCAGGUUCUGAAAAUACGGAAAGCCAAAAUGAUCAAAACUUUGAUCAAAUAUAAAAAGCAGCUUUUCAAUAGUUUGGCAAAUUAUCAGAAUUCAGAUUAAAUGGAGACUCAAAAUGAGUUUCAUCCUGAAGCUUCAGUUUAGACUUUUACUUUCUAAACUUCUUCAUAAAACAGAUUCUUCCACAAACAGCUGCCAGAAAAACGUCAGUACAGAGAAACAUCCAUGCCAACAAGCUUUUGUUAAAAAGACACAAAUAAACCAGAAGAAACAGCUUUAACAAAACUUUCCAUUAGAUAAUAUUUAAUGAUCCAAAACACUUUGAUAUUAUUCUACUUAUUCUAGUUCUGUAGCAGAUUUUCUCUUUUUGAUUUUUUUCUUUAAUUUAUUCGUUUUUCCAGAUGAACUGAGGAACAUUUCUGGAUGCUGCUGCAUGUCUGCUUGGCCUCACUAACACACACACACACACACACACACACACACACGCCUACACACACACACACACACACACACACACGCCUACACACACACACACACACACACACACACACACACACACACACACCAGGCUGCAGCGUCUGGGGAUCAAAGCAAUACUGAGCAGCUUCAGGUUGAACUGGACGUGUUUCUGUUUGUAUUAAUAACUACUGAUGAUGAUGAUGAUGAUGAUGAUGAUUAACAAGCUCACUUAUUUUUAUAAAGUCACAUCUCUUCUUUCUUCUUCCUCUCCAUCGUUUCUGUCGUUCCUCCUCCGUCUGCAUGAGUCUGACUUGAAUUGAUGUCUAUGCAAAAACAGUUCUGAGGUCCAGUUCAGGUGGACGCUGUCCGACCCGGUCUGGACCGGACCGGAACCGAUCCGGUCUGACCCGGACUGGACCGGACGUGUCGGUGGUUCUGCUUUCUUCCAUCCAUGCCAUGUUUCAAUAAACGAGCACUGAAAGAACCGGUUCCCCUCGUCUCUGUUUGUUCUGUUCAAAGCGUCCAGUUCUGACCGGCUUGGACCAGAAACCCAAACCAAAAGGGGAACCCUGUUGACAUGGCAACGCGACCAGAGACGG